CACACAGUAAUAAUAUUCGAAGUGGAGAGAGAAAGGACGACCAAGGAAUACAAGAAAAGACGAACGUUGUCCACUUUGAAUCAUUUCAAUUCACAAAAGGAUGAUGAUCAGUCAGAGACGAAGUCUGAGGUAGAAGGGCCGUGAAGCCCUCCAGAUGUCCCCCAACAUCUCAUGGCCGAAAAGAAGCAGGCAGUAAUGGUGCUUCGAGAGGAUGGGGCCACCGCUUCGGCGGUGGCCCCAACUAGUGCUGCUACGACAUCGUUCUUUGUAGGCCCAAAGUCAGGCCAGACCAUGGAGGGUGGUGGGGCCCAUGGAGCUCUGGAGGCUAAUGGAGAGGCAGCUGCUGCUACAAAAGCAUCUCUUGGAUUUGUAGCUGCAAGUCCUCAUGCCGUCACCUCCAUUCUAUCCCCUGACUUAGUCUCAAACCACCAUCCAGAGAAUCUACCCCCAGAAGCCACAUCCAAGGGGAUUACAGUGACUCUGGAUAACAACAACAUGUGGAAUGAGUUCUUCCGCUGCAAAACGGAAAUGAUUCUAACAAAGCAAGGCAGACGGAUGUUUCCGACGUGCCGCUAUCGUCUUUCAGGGAUGGAGCCCUUCCAGCGCUACCUCCUGGUGAUGGACAUCAUUCCCAUGGACAACCACCGCUACCGAUGGACCGACCAUCGUUGGGAGCCUAACGGCAAAUCAGAAGCUCAUGUCACAGGGAGAGUCUUCAUCCACCAAGAUUCUCCUGCCGCCGGCCACUACUGGAUGGGUAAUCCUGUGUCGUUUUACAAGCUCAAACUUACUAAUACCGUCACGGACACAGAUGGACACAUCGUCCUCCACUCCAUGCAUAGGUAUUUGCCACGGUUGCACAUAGUACCUGCCGACAAGCCAACAGACGUGAUCGACAUAGAUUCACCCGAUGUCAUGACGUUCAGUUUUCCACAAACUGAGUUCUUCGCAGUGACGGCGUACCUGAACCUUAGUAUCACUCAACUCAAAAUCGAUUACAACCCGUUUGCAAAGGGUUUUCGGGAAGAUGCCACCAAUUCGCGCAGUGUAGUGCCCAAGCUAGGUUCCCCAAGUACCUCGGCGGGAAGUGGUGGCAAGAAUAGUCUUAGCCCUAUAAACAGUCUCAAAGCACUGUUUGCCAAAAAGGUCCCUGUGGAAAAAAAUAAGGAAGAUGAUCCAACCAGGAAACAGCGUGACGUUGACGGCAAAGAAGGAAAUGCACAGCUGUCAGCCACGACAGACAAAAGUACUGUGAAACGACGCCCAAGUACUUUGUCGGAGUUGUUUCAGGGGACUCCGCUCAAACUGAGGAAGACGGCCCCUGAGAGUGGUGCUAGGAAGACAGCCCCUGAGAGUGCUGGUCCUAGGAUCAUCUUGCAUAAAAUUGACGGUGGCUGCGCAAAUGCCAGGAGCACCUUGGGUUCAAAGAAGGAAUUGGCGGUACAGAAUCCAACACUGUUGAAAUCUGUUGUGAAUUUAACAAGGUUGAAAUCAGUUGAGAGUUCAAUACAGUCGAAACCUGUUGAGAAUCCCACACUAUUGAAAUCUGCUGCGAAGGACAGCUUUCCUUUGAAUGGGAAAUCCAAUGAAGACUUUGGCUCAACUUCUACCAGUGCAGACGCCAUGACUGGUGACUGUUCUGUCACAAAAGGAAAAAAUGGUGAGAAGGUUCUUAAUGCAUCGUCUGAGGAGAACACUGGCACAGAUACGAGAGUUGGUGACUCAGAAAAGCAAAGCCAAAGUAAAUCCGCAUCACAGAAGCUACCAAGUGCCAAGGCCUUACCCCUUCUUGCUUUGUUUUUUCAACAACUGAAAUCAAAGUCCAAACCUGUCAAAGCUGCCCCAAAGCCUGAUGUUACUGGGUCCGAUGCAGCAAAUGAAGAAAGGUCUUCCCCCACCACAAAUGUUGCUCUUGCGCCCAGUUCCACACAACACACAGAAUCGUGCACUGAACCUGGUGACACUCAUACCUCCACAUUAACCCCUGUGUCUGCCAAUAAAACUGUAGAAAACACUGCCCUUGAGGCCCCAUCGGAGUUACGGAUUCCACCUCAAAUGAGUGAGUCAGUGUCAGAAACAUUACCCAAAAUGCAAACAAGUUUACAGUCCCCUCCAACCCACACCUCACCACAGUCCACUACAGCAGUGUUCCCUAAACUUGACAUGUCCCUCACAGCUACAAAUCCUGAUGAAGCUAAUCCCCAGGCCAUGACUACAAGUGCCUCUGGAGACCCUGUCGACUUUGUUGAUCAGCCUGUUCCCGAUGCCCCCUUAUCACCCCUGUCGCCCCUGUCUCCAUCUGAAUUUGCAGUGGCAUUCUCGCCGCCCUCAUCACCGGACUUUUGGCCCUGUAGCCCUUUGCCUGUGUUCACUCCUGAGCCUUUAGAUCCUCCUGCCAAUCAAAAGGCUCUUUUAGACCCAUCUGCUAAUCACAAUCCUCUAUUAGACCCACCGGCCAAUCACAAUCUGUUCGACCCACCUGCCAAUCACAAUCCUCUAUUAGACCCACCGGCCAAUCACAAUCCUCUAUUAGACCCACCUGCCAGUCGCAGCCUUCUUCCAGACCCUCCUUCCAUCACGUCAGAUAUUCCCCCGAUGAGUGAUCCAGAGGAUGAGGACGGGGAUGCGGACGGAGACAGAGACGCUGACGGGGACACCAACAGUGGAACAGGUGACAUCACCACCGGUAUUGGUGGUACAGGUGUGGCCUCCCUUGUCAUCAACGCUAACAACCAGCUGUCUGCGGCGGGGAAGGCUAAGGCACGCUCGCGCAAGAAAGGCCGAAGAAACAAGCAAGUUGAGGAGGAGCCGGUGGUUGGAGGGCCUACGGACGUCCGCAUGCAACCCAAUCUCGAAGAUGUGGAAGGCCAGUUGUUUGUCUCGUUUACCUCAAAGGAGGCGCUUAGUAUUCAUCUCAGCGACCAGUCUGAGGAAGCUCAGCCACCAUCACAGAAAUCACCGGAUGUUGUGGAAGCAAAGGUGGUUGAAUCUCCUGAAAGCACGGCUGAACGAAUUGCUUCAUUAGAGAAGGCUCUCCUCCAAGAUUUAAAGGUCAUGAAAUACAAACAGGUCAUCCAUCCAGUCCUGCAGGAAGUGGGCCUGAAACUAAAUAUACUGGAUCAGAUCUUGGCCAUAGAUCUGGUGUAUUUGGGUGUGGAGCUGCCCAUUCCCCCUGCCUCCCAAUCACUUGUCUCAUCAUCACAACCCCCAUUCAUCUCCAGGACAGGGAAAACGACAGAUGUCACAAAAAUCAAGGGUUGGAGGGACAAAUUUGUCACAACAGACUCCCAAGAAUCACAACCUGAAGCAGCUGGUCCCAGCUCAGAUGCAACAAUGACGGCAGCCAGCACCAGCUCCACGGACGCAGCUUCAUCAGCGAUGAAGAACCGCUCGGCCUUCUGCAGCGACAUGCUAGACGAGUAUCUGGCCAACGAGGGCAAGCUCAUAGACGAGCGCGCCGCCAGCUUCUCCACGAGCAGCGUCACCCCUGUGGCAUACCAGAUGCCUACCAAGAGCAGCAGCUAUGUGCGGACCCUGGACAGUGUGCUGAAGAAGAGGGCCCCUCCGUCUGUCCCUUUCUCCUACAACUCCUCUUCCUCCUCCUUCACCACCACCACCACCACCACUAUGUCAGGCUCACGCAAAACACCUGCGUCUAAACAGUCUACGUCUGCCACCCAGAACAAAAAGUCCAAGGCACCUUCGAAGCCUAAAGAGACUCAAAAGUUGAGCUCUGGUGGAGGAGGACGCAAGUCGUCCAGAACAACCACACCAAAGGAAACGUCAUCAACAACAUCAUCAACAACAUCAACAACAAAAGCAGCAACAAAGUCCUCAACCUCCUUAGAAACUCCAAAGUCCAUCUCCUCCUCCCUACUUACCAAAACUUCAGCACCCAAGUUGAAAAACUCUACCAAGACCAUCACACCUGCUGUUGUGAAGCCACCAGCACCAGAGACCACUUCGUCAGCCAAGGAUUCCCCGAAGGUGGAAAGCAGGGCGGUUGUGAACCGGGUUCCUCCUGUGGUGAAGCUGCUGGAGGUGGAGGACGGGGCAGUGUGGGAGGGGCAGGAGCGCACCUACGUCACAGAGGAACGGGCCUCCAUAGCCCUGGCCGCUCUCGCCACGGCAACGGGAUUCAAUGCGCCCACUCUCCCCAUCAUCGUGCGCCGAGCGCCACCCUGUCUCCAGGCCCACUGCCGCCUGGGCUGCGUCUGUACCAGCUUGGCGCUGGAGCGACGCCACCACCACUGCGGCAAGCCAGAGUGCAUGCUGGGAUGCCACUGCCUGCGCCACAAGGUAGUACUGCGCAGGAAGUCGGAGGGAGACAAGGAGGUGAAGGAGGAGCCCAAGUCGCCAGUGGUGGUGGAGAUCGUGACGGAGAGCGAGGAGGGCUCUAUCAAGUCGCUCAAGAAAAAGAAAAAGAAGAAGAAACGGAGAAAAUCUUUGGCCUACGUGGUCACAGACCCUCAAGUCACUUCUGAGCCGGCCACUCGUGUCCAGACACUAUGGAAUGGCCAAGGAGUGGACACAGACAAAGACAUGCUUUGCAUCCCAACCCCAGCCCCAGCUCUUCCCUGCCCUAUACCCUAUGGGCUCAAUGACAUGUAUGGCCUCCAUGAUGAGAGCAUGACAUGUGCACGUAUCCGGCCGUUUGAAAACAAGGCCUCGGAAGAAACCCAACAAAAGGACGUCUCCAUGCAGUCAAUAGAGGACGUGUCAUUGGAGCCAGAGACAGAGAUCAGACUGGAGUCAGAGACUCAUGACUCAGAAGAGGGUAGUGAACAGUAUGAGAGUGGACAGGUCAAUGAGCCGGAGCCGGGCGAGCUCACCCAUGGGCCCUCCAAGCGGCUGGAGGUGGUGUCUGACUGCAAGUGGGAGCGGCGGUCCGACUGCGCCUACAUCAUGCGCAUGCUGUGCCAGCACAUGGACAAGGACCGGCUGAAAACGCCCUUCUGGAUCGGCAAGUACCGCAUCCAGCCCCUCUCGCAGACGGUGGUGGACGAGGGCCAGGGUCCCUGCACCAACUACAAGGUGCACAUCUCCAUGCCGCAACUGGUGAAAGGCAAGAUCCACACCGCCCCUGAUUCUAAUAAGCUAUCGCCAGCUCCGACACCAACGCUGUCUCUUACAUUGACACCGUCGCUGACAUCAACACCGUCCCUGAUGCCGGAGCCUCCUGCGGCCAUGGCUGAGACCACACCUGAGGAAUCAAGGACUGCUUCACUGCAAGAGGCCCAACCUGAGCCUAAACCUAAGCCCAAACCCAAACCGAAGGGGUCACUAGCACCACUCAAGCCGGUGGAGCUCCUGCCCCCAUUGAGGCCAGAGGAGGGUUUACCUUUCUUGGCUGGGGUUCCGGAAGCUGGCACGCUCGUUGCCAAGGAACCAGAUGAAAAAGGCUGUGGCGUAAUGGUAAAUGGAAAAGCAUACCCCAAAGCAAGACUUCAGCUGGGUCACAUGGGAGCGCUGCAUCCCGCCAACAGGCUCGCAGCGUACCUCACGGGUCGCCUGGACCCCGCAAAUCUCCCCGGCUACACAAAAUCUCGUCUCCAAGUCGCCAGCACACCCCCACCCCCUGGCCCUCCCACAACCACUAGCAGCAUCGCCGUGGUCACGGUGGUCAACACGGCAGCAACGUCAACAACAAAAACAACAGUUGCGUCUUCAGGCGUCAAAGUGGCCCAGCCCGCUGUGGGGAAGGUCUACACCCAGUUUGUGCUCAACCAACUCUGCGGGCGGCAAACGGUAGCUUGUGCUGCCGCUGCUGGGAGCACUCCAGGCAAUGUUCAGAAAGUAGUCAUAACCUCCACGCCCAUGGUUGUGGUGGGAAAGCAAGCCGCUGGAGCACAACCGCAGAUCCAAACCCAAAACACACAGGGGGCAGGGGUUGCCAAAGGACCCGUCUUCGUCACUUUGGCCCCCCCGGGCAAACAGGGCCCUCUUGGUACUCAGGUGGCCACGCCGGUGACCACGACUGUUACCACCACCACUACUGCCACCGCCACAGGUGGCACUCUUCCAGCACACAAAGUGCUGCAAAUCCUUGCCGAACAGUCGCAGCAACAAGGGGCGCAGUCGGCAGGAUUGGCCGGUAGUGCUGUACUGCCUGGCAGUGCGACAACCGUAAGAACUAGAAGCAUCUUCGGCCAGAGCGUGGGUCAGGUGAUGCUUCAACAGGUUCGGACCAAGACUGGGGCGACCCUCUACCGCAACCCCAAUGGACAGCUCGUGCAGCUGGUACCCCUAAGUCAACUGCGGAACCUCAAGCACAACAUUGUCAUCAGGGACCAGAGGGCAUAUGUGCGGUUACCCACGCCACACAACGCAGGUCUACCUCCUACCCAAAAAGACGGCUCUUCAUCUUCAAUAAGCACUCCAGGUGGUGCACCUGUUCCAGCCACACCUGUCAGCUCCUCCUCAGUCACAGCUCCAUCAGGCGAGACACCCUGCAUCACCACCACCAGUGCGGGGAUCGGAACUACCACCACUACUACUAGUACUGCUACCACUAGCAGCCCAACUACUUGUACGAGCACUGUCCAAUCCAAAAUGGUUAAGAUCGUCCCCAUACGUGGCUCUGCUGCUUUCAACAUCAACACAGGCUCGCAGGCUCUCAAGGAGGCUCCAGAGUUUUUGGGGGAACCAGGAACCCACACCAUGACCAUCUUCCCCAAGAGUAGGUCGGUACCUGGGCAAUCCACACAGGGGGCAUCCAAAGGCUUCACCUUGCUACAGCCACCAGGAGCAUCUGCUGCCAAGGAACUUGAGGUGCUGAGUAAACCAUCACCAUCUGUGGUGUCUGCUUCAUCAGAGGUUGAUGAAAAGUCAGCGGUUACGGAUGCAUCGGACACUCCCAAAGCUACUUCUAUGCAGGAUGAAGAACCAAGCAGCAGUGAUGCAGAGUUUUCGGAUGAAGACUCUUAUCUCUCCAGUCCAUCCAGCCCUUCAAAAGACGCCCCUCCCGAAGAUAAAACCGCGGAAGGAAAUGCCCAUCAGUCCUCCACAGCUGGUGGUGAGAUUUCGAUCGUAGAUAGUUCACUGGAUGUGACUCCGAUGAGCCCAGACAUCUGUGAGGUUGAGAUCGGCGGUGAUGAUGAUGAUGAUGGUGAUGAUAAUGAUGAUGAGGAUGAUGAUGAGUGUGUGAUUGUGUCGAAGAAGAGCGCAGUGAUCGAGGCAGGAGAGAUCAGCUCUGACGUGGAGAUCGUGGGAGACUUGGUUGUCCUGUCCGAUGAUUCGGACUCGGACUCAGAUGUUGAGUCCAUUAACGUGAUCAGUGAUUCAGGGGAUACUGAAUUGAGUGAUGACGAUAGUGUUGAUAUUGAAACGGUCGAUGAUUCAGCUGCGUCUUUUAGGCAAAUGCAUAAGCAGAACAGAGGGACUGGAAGGACUGGAAUGGGUUCGGUGACGCAUUGUUACAAUGAGAGAAUGCGACGCAAUGCUAUGAGGGAUUCUUUUGCAAAACUGCAUUUGUUACUGAAUAUCGAUGACCCCAAAGCCGCAAGAGUUCGCAUUAUCUUAGAGGCCACAAAAGCGAUUCGGCAACUGGAAGGUCAAGAGCGUUCCCUGCAAAUUGAAAAGGAAGCACUGGAAAAAAAGCAAAAGGAAUACGUUUCUCGGAUUGCAAAGGCUUCAGGGAAGUCUCCGGAAGUGAUUCUGGAGAAGCUGCACGACAUCAGCAGCCGGCAGAAAAAGGUGGAGCAGCAGAGGAAGAGGAAGCAGCUCUUCACCGAGCUGGCGGAGAAGCUGACGGUCCGGCCACCUGUCUCCAACCGUGACACCCCCCCACCAGCUGCCGCUACUAUACGCACCCCAAUCCCCACUCGUGCACGCUCCCCUUCAGUGGUCACUCCUAUACUCUCCUCUGCCUCCAGUCGUACGUCCUCCGCUUUCUCCAGCCGUUCAAGCUCUCCAGCCAGUCGGUCACAUUCCCCAGUCCCCAGUCGGUCACCCUCCCCCGUCCAUACAGACUCCCCUGGCCGCCUGACUCAAACACGCUCCCCUGUGCGUUCAUGUUCCCCAUCCUCCCCUCGUACACUCUCCCCCGUCCGCGCCCACUCCCCUAUGGCCGCUACCCGCACCCCACUUGUUGCCACAGCAACAGAGCCUGUGAAUGCUGAGUCCCGGGCCAGUCGUCCACCCCUGCGGACAUAUAGGCCUGCCCAAACCCAGCGGAAUCCUACAGCAGUGCCACCGCCUGAGAAGCGGAUGAGAGUGAUGCCCAAUAUCCUCAGUAAAAAAGCCAAAGUGCCGGAGCCGACUCCCCCUAAAGUCACCACCACUCCGACUCCCACUCCAUUGCGGCUGAACACGCAGGUCUUCUCCAUCAUAAGCCCCAUGCUGCAAGGUCAGAAGAUUGUCUCGUUGGACAAACCUGUAGGAACACUAGUCAAACCUGUUGGAACGCUAGUCCCUGUGCCCAUCGUCCCUCUCUCCACCUUGACCACACACAAGUCGAUGACGCCAGGUGUUGCUGCUGUUACCAUUCGAGUUCCUGCAGGGCAGCAGGUGGUUCAGGUGGCUGGUUCCCAACUCCGCAAGCCUGAAACUCAAGGCUCUGUCCAACCUCCUAAAGAGGCCAAAGCAGCAGGCAAUAAUGUUGGUCUGCCCAAGAUAAUGAAUGUCAUGUCGCUGGUAGCUCCCGUGAACCAAGUGUUGCACCCAACGACUAAGGCCCCGCCUGUGGUCCCCAAAGUUUUCCCCAAAGCUGCUCAAAUCCGGGUUCUGAAUGAUGUUCUUCCCCGGGUGACCAAUGCUGUUCAAGCCCAGGUCAUCAAUGCUCUUCCGCACUGGCUCCGCGGGGCUUUACCGCCCCGGGUCCCCGACACAGUUCCAUCCCAGGUCACCAACACUCCUGUGCCCCAGGUCCCCGGCACAGUCCCGUCCGACGUGGCAAACGAGGUGACUGUGUCUUCAGAUCCCGCCACCAGCACUCCACAAGGGGCACCAGAGAGCCCCGGGAUGGACACACUGGAGGACAUGGCGGAGGCAGAUGGGCCUCUGGACUUUGUCAGGAAGUUUGCUGCUAAUCUGGCAGCCUCAGUAGAGCUAGAAGGGGUUGAGGCGGAAGAGCAGAAGGGAGACGAAGGGGCAGAAGGAAAGGAGAGGAAAGAGGAAGGGGAAGGAGGUGGGAAGGAGAGGGAGCAGCAGGAGGAGGGCGGUGAAGAAGCAAAGGAGGAUGCAACACAAGAAGAAAGAGGGGGAGGUGGUGAAGGAGAAGAAGGAGGAGGAGAGGAGGAUGACAACACACUAAUGUCGCUGCUGAAUGAGAUUGCGUUCCUCAACCAGCAGUCGAGUAGUGACUGCCCUGCCCAGGCCUGCACUCCCAGCUACACGCGGCCUCCAGAGCCUGGGGAGGUGCUAGGGAACCGGCCGGCCAGGCUGGACGAGGAGCGCUCCCCCAGCCCCCUGGUGCUCCGCCUGGACUAUGAUGGCGACCACACCCCCUCUACCACCUCCACCUCCACUCCCCUGACCAAGCCUAUCACUACUGAUGCACCUGGGACCCCAGUGACUAACAACUCUGGUGGCCAUUCGUUCACAGAAACACCAAUGAAGGCAGCAGCAGCGUCUGUGUCUGGAUCCACCCCUCCUCUCACACCCGCACCUCUCCUUUCCUCGGCCACCAAUGGACAGCCCGAAGCGGCAGGUGCCGGUAAUGGGGAGAGCCUGACCCCUCCACCUCUGCUGCAGAUGAAGACCGGACAUGUAGCACCGCCAGUCAUGCCGACGUUCAGGCCAAUGCCGAAGCUUGUCCCGCUGGGACUGAAGGGUACUCCACAAACGCCUGCCGGCCGAGAGUCGGGCUCACCUCCAUAGACUUAAUGUCUGUCUGUCUGUCGUCUUCUAGUUGUUUCCGUUAUUUGGUUGCAAAAACAAUCAGGGAUUCGUUGUUACUCGGACACUAUCUAUAUAAAUAUAUUUAAACUAAGAGUUAAAGACUGAAGAGACUUCAAAUGUUUGUAUUUAUGUCUGUGACUGUUUUUUGUUUCUGUGUUUGUUUGGCUUGUUUUUAAAAAAAUGAGUCUUGCCUCUACGUGCCUCUAUGCUAUUCCAAAGAUGUCGUCUUUGUCCUGAUUUUAGAACUACCACGUAUGGCCUAGUACAGGAAAUCAGACACAUCGCAUAAGGAAUCUUGGAAAAAGGUAUAGAAAAUACUUGAACCUGCUGCUUUUCUUUCGGUUCGAUUUCAACCAUAGGAAUUAAAAAAAAAAAAUACAUUGGCUGUUUUCCUUCCCGGUGGAAAAACAUUUCGCAAUACAAAAAAAAAAAAAGUACUUGAAUGAUGAGAUGUUAAAAAGUUUGUACGAAAAUAGUUAAGCCUCAAAGGUGGUGACUAUUGUGUUCAUUUUGUUCUGAUUUUUGUUUUUCAGUUGUCUGUGUUUCGUGUGUCUGUGGCGUGGGGUCACUCUCCAUAUUGGAGUAGAGGCUGUUAAACAGUAAACAGAGAAGGAGAUAUCUUUGGAUGCUAAGCUAGUGGGUAGAUGAAUGUAGGGCUGGUCAAAGCUGACGGGCUCUGGGUGGGUGUGCAUCACUACUGUCAGCCUUGUGCUAAUAAUGGCUAGGGGGUGUCCCGGGGGACAUUAGGAAGGGGUGUGGUGACGGUGGCCAAGGGGUGGAAUGGGGUGUAGUGGGAUAUAAUGUUUGCUGACCUUUCCUGCGGACGCUUUGUUCAUCUGAUUAAAUGUGAAGCGUUAAGAGUCGGGUCUCCAUUUUCACGCAUUUGGAUUUUAAUGAUUGUAAGGAAACAAACCUGUUAGGGGUUUUGACGACUAUUUUAACUCUAAUAUUGAAAUAAUACUAAAAAGUUUGGUUUUUGGUGUAACGUCAUACAUUUUGUGCUAGCUCAUCUGUUGGACCUUGAGUUUGUUGGCUGCGAGAAGUUUGGAAAGUUACUCUAUCCCCCUACUAACAAGGUUUGCGUGUAUCAUUUUAACCACUUCCAGGAGGGUAGUUUAUCCCUAAGUAAGAGAAGGCUUAAGUCAAGAAAUCCAUCUUUUCCCCCUUUUUUGAACGAUCUGUGUUUAUUGGAAACAGUCUAAAAUACCAUUUACUCUGAUGCCAACCAGGGUACAGAUGUUGGAUUACUUUACAAACCAAUGCACAGUUGAGUUGCAAGGAUCUUGUUCCCAUUGUUUAGUGCACACCUUUACUUUAUUACUUACAGUCAUUCCCAAAAGAUCAUGAGCACACCUACAUGUAUUUAGUGUUGGCUAUUGGUAGGGUCACUACAGGACCAAGUCCUUAUGCAAGGGUUUAGUUUUUGGCAGUCCUCAGUCACUGAAAACUACAAAGUGUGUUUCUGUGUGUAAAUAAUCCCUGAAGACAUUGCCUAUGGUUCGUUGACAGGGAAUACUACGAGAUUUAGCAUGUAUAUUUCGUCGUUUUUUUGUAUGUGUAUUGCUUACAGUGAGCGUAUGUUUACUGUAGGAAUAAGCCUGAUGCAUCUAUUGUACAUAAUGUUUGUUUAUACUCUUGAGAAGCUUUCAUGUGUAAAUAAAGAUGGUGGAGUGCUGUUUUUUGUAAGGAGCUGCAAAGUAUUUUUGUAAGAUGUUCAUAUGUAAACAGUUGUACUUACAGACUGACAUGAACAGAAGUGGCCGUUGUCAGUUAAUAAAGCUGUGUGGUAUGGAA